GAAAGUGGUUGUGACAGACUUGACUCUGGUCUCAGUCGAGGAGCUUCUCGUUUCUUCGUCUCUUCUUUUCUUCUUUUCUUUCUUUCUUCUGUUGAUUCGUUUUGUUUUCGUGUCUCAGCUUCAUUUUGUUGGUCUGUUUGUGACGUCACUGUGACGUUUGUGACGCUCCAGAGGAUCAAAGAUCGGAACCAGAAACUUUUUCAACGAACUGGAACCAGAGCGCUGACAUGAGCGUCCAGCCUCGGAGGAUCCGUCUGAAGCCAUGGCUCCUGGCGCAGGUGAACAGUGGCAGGUUUCCUGGUCUCCAGUGGAUCAACGCAGAACAACGCCUCUUCCAGAUCCCCUGGAAACAUGCUACACGCCACACGUCGACGUCUGAUGAAGAAAACACUGUCUUCAAGGCAUGGGCUCUUGAGACAGGUAAAUAUCAGGAAGGUGUUGAUGAACCUGACCCUGCCAAGUGGAAGGCGAACCUUCGCUGCGCUCUGAACAAGAGUCGAGAGUUUCAGCUGAAAUACGACGGAACCAAAGAGACGCCGGUUCGCCCGUACAAGAUCUACGAGGUGUGCGAGCAGCCAGCGAGUGCAGGUGAUGUCACAGGUGGCUUUGAUGAUGAUGAUGAUGAUGAAGAGAUGCCAAACCUGAUGGACCUCACCAUCAAUCCCAGGAUCAGUGACCCCUCCCCCUUCAAUCAGUUCAGUUUAUCUUCCAAUGAGGUGUUUGGGCCUCAUCAUGUGAUCUCGAUGCCCCUCCUCCCUGUGACUGCUGACCUUCAGGCCCCGGGUCAGAACUUUGUCUCUGGACUCUCGACCAGACUCCAGGACUUGAACUCUUUGCCGCCCCCUGCUGCCUCUGUUGCCCCUGGAUCGGACCUGAUGGAGGCCAGCAGCAUAGGAGAGAUCCAGAACCAGCAACCCUGCAAGUACGACCUGCUCAGCAGUGUCCCACUAACAGAUCUGGACCUGAAGUUCCAGUACCGGGGUCGGAUCAUGGGCUCGCUGACUGUGAGCAACCCUCAGGGCUGCCGGCUAUACUCUGGCCAUCUAGAGCCAAGCCCGGAACAGGUUGACCUGUUUGGACCCGUCACUCUGCAGCAGGUCCUGUUCCCAGGGACGUCUGAGAUCCAGAACCAGAAGCAGCGGUUCUACACAGAGGCCCUGCUAGACGUGAUGGACCGAGGCUUGAUCCUGGAGAUCUGGGAACAGGACAUUUACGCCAUCCGGCUCUGUCAGUGUAAGGUGUUCUGGUCUGGACCGGGAACAACCGAACAGAGUCCACCAAACCCCCUGGAGCGGGAGAAAAAGAUCAAAGUUUUCAGUCUGAAUGACUUCCUUCAAGCUCUGAUCCUGUUCCAGAAAGGUGAAGCUACGAACCCUCCACCCUUUGAGAUCUACUUCUGCUUUGGGGAGGAUUGGCCUGACAAGAAACCCAAAGAGAAAAAACUCAUCAUCGUUCAGGUGGUUCCUGUUGUGGCUCGCAUCCUGACAGAGAUGUUCUCAGGAGAACUCAGCUGGUCGACCGACAGCAUCCGACUACAGAUCUCAAACCCUGAUGUCAAGGACCAGACGGUGGAGCAGUUUAAAGAACUGCAGAAGCUCCUGCAGAGCCAACACAUCCAGGGUCCCUGGACCCCCAACGUGCCCUGAUCUUCACAUCCAGGGGCCCUGGACACUAGAACCCUUGGGGGGUUUGUGGUUCAAUGACCAAAAACAUGUUAACAGUUUUUAAAAUUGAUUAAACUGUUUAAAUUUAAACUGUUAAAACAUUUUGACAGUUCACCUGUUUAACCAGUUUGUCUGUUUUCAAAAAUUAAAUAAACUCGUUUUCUUUC